CAAAAGCUAGCAAUUGAUUCAAUUUCAAGAUGUCCGCUCCUAGCGAAGGUGAAUGCAAUCCUCUUCCCAACUCAAGCAAGAAAGCUCGCGUAUUUGACUUAAAUGCCAUUUUCGAGGAAGCUAGAAAAACGGCUAUAAGUAGAAGCAAAGAUGUGAAACUCAAGGAAGACCCAAAACCAUGCACCAGCCGCCCUGAAAGAAGCGCUGAAGACGAGGCCCAAAGAGAAAAUGAUCCUGCGCCCGACGGUGAACCGAGUGAAGAAGGCAGCGAAGACGAGCUUGUGGGGCCUCCGAUUUCUCUGUCAGCGCAAGCCAAAGAUGAUGGAUCUAGCUCAGAGGACGUCGAUGACGAGGAAAGUGGACGUACUGCUGCAUAUCGGGCAAUUCCAGUGAAAGAAGACAUUACAUUGCAGCAUGGCACAAAAAUUGUAUCUGCGUUGGCACUGGAUCCUAAUGGAGCACGUCUUGUCACUGGCGGGUAUGACUUCGAUAUCACUUUGUUCGAUUUCGCCGGCAUGGAUUCUUCCCUGCAGCCGUUCCGUUCGCUUCGUCCUUGCGAUUGUCACCAGAUUCGAAAUCUGGAGUACAGCUGUACGGGUGACUCGUUCCUCGUGGUGUCCGGAAACGCUCAGGCCAAAGUGCUAGAUAGGGACGGGUUCGAGGUGAUGGAGUGCAUUAAGGGAGACCAGUAUAUAACUGACAUGGCCCGAACCAAAGGCCAUGUGGCGAUGCUCAAUUACGGCUGCUGGCACCCGCGCAGCCGCGAAGACUUCCUCACUUGUGCCAACGACGGCACACUGCGAUUGUGGAAUGUGGAUAAACCCAAUAGCCACAAAGCGUUGGUGAAGACCAAGCAACAGGGCGGCCUCCGAGCAAUUCCGUCUACCUGCCGCUUCAGCAGGGACGGCCAGCUCAUGGUCGCUGGCUGCCAGGAUGGCUCGCUCCAAUUUUGGGACCAACGACGCACCUUAGUGCACCCGAGUCACACGGUGCGCGAAGCACACCGGCGGGGCAUCGAGGUAACUUGCGUAGCAUUUGCCCAGGACGGCCGCCAGCUUGCCACGCGAUCUUGCGAUGACACGAUGAAGCUGUGGGACCUCCGCGCAUUGCGGCCAUCGGCUUUACAUACGUUUGCAGACCUCGACAACUUGUACCCUGCCACGGACUGCGGCUUCAGCCCAGACGACCGGGUCAUUUACACAGCUACCUCGAAGAGCUCUGGCGAUGGUCAGCUGGUGUUUUUUGAGCGCGACACGUUACAGGAAGUGAUGAGACUUCGACUGUCGGCUCCAGUGGCUAGAGUCAUCUGGCACGCUCGGCUUAACCAAAUCCUCGCUGGGCUGGCAUGCGGUGAAGUGCGCCUGCUGUACGAUACAGCGCACAGCCACCAUGGCGCGCUGUUGUGUGUGUCCAAGGCUGCUCGGGCCAAAGCUGCGCCGCAGGGACUCACCCAAGCGCAAGUGCUCACGCCGCAUGCGCUGCCACUGUUCCGAGAAGAGCGGCCGCGGAGUACGCGCAAGCGGUUGGAGAAGGCGCGCAAAGAUCCCGUAUUGUCUCAAAGGCCUGAUCUUCCUGUGACAGGCCCUGGCCAAGGAGGCCGCAUUGCUUCAGCAGGAAACACACUCUCUUCCUAUAUUGUGCGCAACCUGGGCACCACAAAGCGUGUUGAUGACAAUGUGGACCCACGUGAGGCUAUUCUUAAGUACGCCAAGGAAGCAGCUGAGAACCCUUACUGGGUGACCCCUGCUUAUGCUACAACACAGCCCAAGCCAGUCUUCCAAGAGAGUGAAGAACCAACACCUGCCAAGAAGACAAAGCAAGUGUAGUUCUUUCUGGGCCUUAACUGUGUGCCGAGCCUUAGUUUGAACAUUGACAGAAAAAGGCCGUUUCUGUAGCCUGUUCUGUAUCAGCGAUUUUAAAAGCAUUGUGUAAGACACCAGAUGCUGUUAAACAUGAAAACAUUGAACUUUUCAGUAAUGCAUCAUGCUCAAUAUACUGUUGUAUAUUUGUAUAACAUUUGAGCACCAAAGUGUAACCUCAUUUGAUGACAUACUAACUGCAACAUUUUCCAGCAUCAAGAUGUGUACUCAUACAUUCAUGUUGUAAACAUACCAUAAAGUCGUGAGUUUGUCUGCACAAAUGGAUAGCAUUGUUGCUCUUAAAAUAAAUUUCGUGUUUUUUUUUUUUUUUCGUCAUCUUGGUUAAAGACAGCACGCAGUCACUUCAUCUUACCUUGUGCAUUGUAGAACUGGAAAUUUGUCCUGAAUGUCAAGAACAUCAGCAUGGUGAAGCUUGGCAAGUCUUUUAAAGAAAACAUUUCAAUACACAAGUCAUGCCAUAGAUCUAUGUUUUUGUGUGAUAUAGCAUCCUAGCAGUUUGUAGUUGGAAUGUCCACUGCUUUGUCUAGAAUCCAACUCUUCAUGGUUAUAUUGCGCUCAGUUUUACAAACACGAUAUUAAGGAAGGACAGGACGUCAACGGACCUUCCUUAAUAUUGUGCUUGUAAAACUGAGCGCAAUAUAACGAACGUUCACCAACUAGCCCCCUUCAUUGCUUUACUAAAAGAAUCCAACUGCUGUAUUUAUGCACUACACAGUGGAGCUGGGCUUUGUUGUGGAGUGCAUGCAUGUUUUCUGGUGCCUAUUUUUCCUGUAUGUACAGUUGAUAGUCCACUGUAGUCCUCCAGUGGCUCUUGGCUCAUUUUUCUGUAUAUAGUACUAUUUUAGCUUCAGGUAAUGGCUGCUGAUGCAUGGGAAAUGGUGAACUGUAAAUAUGAACACCAUAUAGUCACAUAUGGCAGUGCUAAGUUAACACACUUGUGCAACAUAAAACACACACAACUUGUGAUAUUUGGAAGUGAAAGUAGAAAGGUUUCAUAAAUAUUGCCCAGAGUCUUGGCAACACUCACUCAUUGAAGGGACUCUGCAUCACCCAUGUUUUUUUUUUUUCCUGUCGUUUCAGUCUGUACAUUUUGUGGAAGCAUUCACACCCAGGUGCAUAUGAAAAUUACAGCCAUCAUUUGCACAUUUUUUUGCUCAUAUGAGCAACAUACAUUUAGAGGAACAGGAACGAUGUAAAAAAAAAAUACAAUAAAGGACCUAGUUACACAACUGA